AUGCCAAAGGACAUGAGAGGCUCUGGUCUUCUCCCCACUUUUGCCGAGGCACCAGCUAUCAAUACUGCUCCAAGAAAAGAUCACGCUCGAAUGCGUCGCAUCGUCGCCCACGCCUUUUCUCAAAAGGCACUAGUGGAGCAGGAAGAACGUCUACAAUACUACGUUGAUGUUUUGAUCUCGAAACUCAGUGAAGAAUGUACCAAGGGCCCGCAAGAUAUUGUCCGCUGGCUCAAUUUUACUACCUUUGACAUUAUGGGUGAAUUGACGUAUAGUAGAUCAUUUGGAUGUUUGGAAGGAGGAAAGUACCAUGAGUGGGUCACUAUGAUCUUCAAAGGCAUCAAGAUGCACCCCUGGAUGCAAGCACUUCUCUACUACAAGUUGACCAGCCUGAGAGGGUGGUUGAUACCCCAUGAGAUGGCAGCAGCAAAGCAGCAGACAGAUCAAAGUGCUAUCAAGACCGUGGACGAGCGACUGGCGAGGAAAGACACAAUCGAUCGAAAAGACUUUAUGAGUUACAUCCUUCGCCACAAUGACGAGCGUGGCAUGACCGAUGCUGAGAUAAAGCAAACAGCUAUGAUCCUUAUGGUGGCGGGGAGUGAAACCACGGCCACGUUUCUCUCUGGUCUUCUAUACCUCAUCCUUAGGCAUCGCGGAGUGUACAGAAGGCUUGUUCAAGAGAUCCGGGAUGCCUUUCCGACAUAUCAAUCCAUAGGAAUGGUCAACACCAACUCUCUCCGGUACCUUUCGGCCGUGGUGGAGGAAUCAUUCCGUUGUUACCCACCUGCCCCAAACACACAUCCACGGAUUGUGCCAGACAAGGGCGAAGUCCUCGAGAAUCAGUGGGUACCAGGAGAUACAACUGUCGGGGUCAGCCAAUGGGCCACGAACCAUGACCCAGAGAAUUUCUAUCGACCAGAUGACUUUUUACCGGAACGAUAUCUCUCAGACUCUGAUCCCGCUCGGGAUCCAGAUGAUGUCCCGGCCCAUUUAUUUGAAGAUGACAACAAAGAAGUCGUGCAGCCUUUCUCAGUAGGCCCAAGAAAUUGUGUGGGUAAAAACCUUGCCUAUGGAGAGCUCCGAAUUAUCCUGUCCAAGCUCCUCUGGUCAUUCGACCUGAAACUGGACUCUCGAAGCGACAGCAGCAAGUGGAUUGAAGAUCAGGACACCUUUAUGCUGUGGGAGAAGCCGCCCCUCUGGAUCGAUUUAACUCUGCGUGAACAAAAGGGCGCGUUAACACAACCCGCUCGCAUUGCUUAG